GCAGCGGGCUGCAGCGACAGGCUGCUGAGAGACACAGACAGACACACUGGCUCACCUGGGCGACUUACCUGUGCAGUGAGCGCGCGCGCGUGUGUGUGUGAAUGUGACCGCGUGUGUGUGUGUGACAAAGACACGGUGGUGACCGCGGUGCGGUGAUGACAUCAGGACCCCCCCCCAGAGGAGGGCAGUGUGGAUGACACCCACCUGUGAGAGCGCUGACCUCUGUGGAUGCUUUUUCCUGGAUUGUUGGACUUACCUGAGGACAGUGACCGAGCCGCGGACGAGUUCCUCCUCAUCAGUUCCACACACCGGUGCAGGAACCUGAGAGCGGAGCCGCAAUGAGUCGGAGAACGCGACGCUGGAUGUUGAGAGUUUUACUUUGUCUAGGAAUUGUUUAUUUGAAGAUCGGCGGCUUCACGUCCGUGGUGGCCUUAGGUGCGAGCAUAAUCUGUAACAAGAUCCCCGGUUUGGCCCCGAGACAGCGGAUUAUCUGCCAGAGUCGCCCCGAUGCCAUUAUCGUCAUCGGAGAGGGGGCCCAAAUGGGCAUCAACGAGUGUCAGUUUCAGUUCAAACACGGGCGCUGGAACUGUUCUGCACUGGGGGAGAGGACGGUCUUCGGAAAAGAGUUGAAAGUGGGAAGCAAAGAGACCGCGUUCACCUACGCCAUCAUCGCAGCAGGCGUGGCCCACGCCAUCACGGCCGCCUGUACCCAGGGCAACCUGAGCGACUGCAGCUGCGACAAAGAGAAGCAGGGCUUCUACAGUAAAGACCAGGGCUGGAAGUGGGGGGGCUGCUCGGCCGACGUCAGCUACGGCCUGGGCUUCUCCAAGGUUUUCAUCGACGCCCGGGAGGUCAAGCAGAACGCACGGACGCUCAUGAACCUUCACAACAACGAAGUGGGGCGAAAGGUCCUGGAGAAGAACAUGCGUCUGGAAUGCAAGUGUCACGGCGUCUCCGGCUCCUGCACCACCAAAACCUGCUGGACUACACUUCCCAAGUUCCGCGAGCUCGGCUACAUUCUCAAAGAGAAGUAUGCCCACGCCGUGCACGUGGAGCCGGUGAAAGCCAGUCGCAACAAGCGCCCGAAAUUCCUCAAGAUCAAGAAGCCUUACUCGUACCGGAAGCCCAUGGACACAGACCUGGUUUACAUAGACAAGUCGCCCAACUACUGCGAGGCGGACGCUGUGACGGGCAGCCUGGGAACCCAGGGCCGGGUGUGUAACAAGACUAUGAUGCAGCACAUCAGCGGCUGCGACCUGAUGUGCUGCGGCCGAGGAUACAACACGCACCAGUAUUCCCGCGUGUGGCAGUGCAACUGCAAGUUCCUGUGGUGCUGCUACGUCAAGUGCAACACCUGCAGCGAGAGGACAGAGGUGUACACCUGCAAAUAGGAAUAUUUAUUGGACAGUGUGUGUGUGUGUGUGUGUGUGUGUGUGUGUGUGUGUGUGUGUGUGUGUGUGGGAGUCUGCAUGUUUAUAUUUUGCCGAGAACAAACUGGAACUCUUUAAAUUAAAAGGCAGCCGCUGCCACGUCGUGAGACUCGACUGUCUCGUGCCCACAGUAAGCUGAGGAAGUGGGGUGUCGCUACUCUUUUGCACACAAAGCUCUUCACCCCUGCCCCCCCCCCACGCCCCCUUUCCCUGAAGUGUUGUAUUUUUGGGACGCAGCAUCAAAACACUGCGACUGUUCACAGUGAACCGUCUUCUUCCAGUGCCCAAGGUUAAAGGUCAAGAUCUGAAGCUGCGUGGACGUGGACCCACACACUGGACUGAUACAUGCAAAUGGAAGAGAGUGUGUGUGUGUGAAUACUGGUACACACUCCCUGAGCACAGAUGACACAGGCUUGUGGAAUAUUUAACACAAUGUAUUUAGAGAAUGGAAAUAAUUAAUAUUAAUUUAUUCUAUAAGAAAAAACUACUGUUUUUUUUUUUGGGUCUUUUUUUUGGAUCAAAAGCAACUAAAUUUCAGGAGGUUUUAGUUCAACAAAACAUUGACACUGGUCUGAUACUGGACUUGAAGUGACUAUUCCUGCAGUGAU